UUCAUCUCAUUAAUCCAGUACUGAACAACUCUGCACUCAUUACACACCUCGACAUUUACUGUGAGUGUGUGUGUGUGUGCGGGGGGUGAGGGAGAGAGGAAAGAAAAGAUCCGGAUUUGGUGAGAUGCCGCUAGUGGAACAUGGGUACAACUGCCAGCGCUGCCCCCCCACCAACGGCUGAGGGUCUCCACGGCGACGAGAUGACGGACAGCAGGCAGCCGCUAAGCCCCGCCCCUUUCAUCCACAACUACAGGACCAAGUCCAUCAUCACCAACAAAGUAGCUCCAGUUGUUAUCACUUAUAACUGCAGACAGGAGUUCCAGAUCCACGAUGACGUCCACAGGACUCAUUAUAAAGUCGGACGCAUUUCUGACACCAUGCCUGAACACUUCCUGGUGCAGGGCGCGUACUUCAUGGUUCAGGACGUGUUCAGUAAAGCAGACGUUCUCAACACCACGUCCUCGUGCGGCGCUCCCAACUUCCGUCAGGUCAGAGGUGGCCACCCCGUGUUUGGCAUGGGCCAGCCCAGCCUGAACGGGUUCAAACAGGUCCUGCACAAGCUGCAGAGCCAAGGCCACAAGGAGGUGCUGAUGUUCUGUGUGAGGGAGGAACCCGUGCUGUUCCUGCGUUCGGGAGACGACUUUGUUCCCUACACUCCGAGGAGGAAGGAGAACCUGCACGAGAACCUGCAGGGACUGAGCAAGAACGUUCCAGUGGAGAGCCUGGAGCUCAGCAUCAGGAAGGAGCUGCACGACUUCGCCAGACUGAACGAGAACUUCUUCUACGUCUACAACGAUAUUGAGAACCUGAAGGAGCAGCCGCAGAGGAUCUCCAUCAGCUGUGAGGAGGACGUUCACGUGAGUGAGGAGGUGUACGGGAGGCCGGUCUUCACCAUGCCAUCGUACAGGUAUCUCCGGCUGCCUUUGCCAAUAGAGGGCGCUCCGCUGGAGGUGCAGUUUGACGCCUUUGUGCAGGUGUUACGGGAGACGCCCUCUCUGAGUGUGAAUCGGGACGCGACCCACCCUCUACCCGCUCUGCUCUUCAGCUGCCAGGUCGGUGUGGGACGCACCAACGUGGCCAUGAUACUGGCAGCUCUUCUGAUGCAGCGACUGACUGGAGCUUCACCUCCUCCAGACCCGCUAAGUGAAGAUGUGAGGACGACGGAGGAGAAAGUUCAGUUCCACAUCAUUCAAACCCUCAUCAGCAAACUUCCUGAGGGUCAGCAGGUGGUCAAAGAGGUGGAUGAAGCCAUUGAACUGUGUUCUGAAAUGCACAACGUCACAGACGCUAUUUAUGAGAACAAGAAGAAACUGGAGGCUUUAGGAGAGGACUACCAACCUCAGGUGAACAGUACUAAGCUGUACUUCCUGCAGGGACUGGUUCAGAGUUUGGAGCUCUACGUCUACCUGAUCCUCUUCAACACCUACCUGCGUGAACAGUUCCCUCUCGCCUUCUUCCAGACCUUCAGUCAGUGGAUGUGUUCUGACGCCUGGGUGUAUCGCCUCUUGUCCUGCAUUAAUCAGUCAGAGCUCAGAGCACCGGCCGACCUCAUCACUAAAGGAGCCCGAAUCCUGGUAGCGGACGAGUUCUUAGCUCCAGAUGUUCUCAGGACCGUGAAGGAGAUGAAGGUGGCGAAUUUCAGACGAGUGCCCAAAAUGCCCAUCUAUGGCAUGGCACAGCCCACAUCAGAGGCGGUGGGCGCGGUUUUGGAGUACCUGGCGGAUGAGAGGAGGCAGUACUCGGCGGUACUGUGGGUGAACGUUCAGGAUGAGCUGGUGUUGGAGUGUAACGGGCAGAUCUUCUCGCCCAGGGAGCCGACGUGUCCCGAACGGCACGUCUCGCUGCACUCUGCGCCGGCUCAGCAGAUCGAGAAGCUGGAGCUUGCUCUGAAGGACGAGCUGUUGGCGUCUCAGAAGUGGUUGGAGGUGAUGCUGGAGCAGGAGAAGCAGAUGAAGAUGCUGAAGAGCUGCAGGACGUUACAGGAGAUCUUCAGCGGCCACGGCCAGACUCACCAGCACCUGCAGUACGCCCGCAUCCCUCUACCCGAAUGUUCAGCACCUACAGAGGAGCACUUUGACAGGUUACUGGACGUGAUGAAGAGUGUGUUAGCCGAAGACUCUCGUGCUGCGUUUGUAUUUAACUGCUCUAACGGGAAGAGCAGGAGCACCACGGCCAUGACCGUCGCCACCCUCACGCUCUGGCACUUCAACGGGUUCCCGGAUUUCGGAGAGGAGGAGAUUGUGAGCGUUCCUGAUGCCAAAUACACCAAAGGAGAAUUUGAGGUGGUAAUGCGUUUGAUCAGGCUCCUCCCUGAUGGCUAUCGGAUGAAGAGGGAGGUGGACAUCGCUCUGGAUUCAGUGAGCGAGACCAUGACGCCCAUGCAUCACCACCUCCGCGAGAUCAUCAUCUGCAUGCACAGACAGAUGAAGAACAGUAAGAGCGAGGAGGAGCGUGAUUGGUUGAUGUUGAAGUGUGUGCAGUAUCUGGAGCGCUACAUCUACCUGAUCCUCUUCAACACCUACCUGCACCUAGAGAAGAGGGCGUCGCUACAGCGCUCCUUCAACGCCUGGAUGCACCAGGUUGCAGCGCGGGCCGGAGUGUACGAUCUCCUCAACCAGCUGAGCUUUACAGAGUUUGAGAACCAGAAAGACUCAACGUUUGCUCGGCUUCGGUCUCGCUGGAGAGAACCGACCAAUCAGAAGCUUCCGUACAGAGGAGAGUUCAUCUGAGAGAGAGUGUGUGAGGAAGAGAGAGAGUAAAUAUGUGUAUGUAUGAAUGAGUGAGUGAAUACGUAAGUAAAUGAGUGAGUAAAUAAGUAAAUGAGUGAGUAAAUGAGUCAGUGAGUAAAUGAGUGAAUAAGUGAAUGAGUGAGUGAAUAAGUAAAUGAGUGAGUAAAUGAGUCAGUGAGUAAAUGAGUGAAUAAGUGAAUGAGUGAGUAAAUGAGUGAGUGAGUAAAUAAGUGAAUGAGUGAGUGAAUAAGUAAAUGAGUGAGUAAAUGAGUGAGUGAGUAAAUAAGUGAAUGAGUGAGUGAAUAAGUAAAUGAGUGAGUAAAUGAGUCAGUGAGUAAAUGAGUGAAUAAGUGAAUGAGUGAGUAAAUGAGUGAGUGAGUAAAUAAGUGAAUGAGUGAGUGAAUAAGUAAAUGAGUGAGUAAAUGAGUCAGUGAGUAAAUGAGUGAAUAAGUGAAUGAGUGAGUAAAUGAGUGAGUGAGUAAAUAAGUGAAUGAGUGAGUGAAUAAGUAAAUGAGUGAGUAAAUGAGUGAGUGAGUAAAUAAGUGAAUGAGUGAGUGAAUAAGUAAAUGAGUGAGUAAAUGAGUGAGUGAGUAAAUAAGUGAAUGAGUGAGUGAAUAAGUAAAUGAGUGAGUAAAUGAGUCAGUGAGUAAAUGAGUGAAUAAGUGAAUGUGAGUAAAUGAGUGAGUGAGUAAAUAAGUGAAUGAGUGAGUGAAUAAGUAAAUGAGUGAGUAAAUGAGUCAGUGAGUAAAUGAGUGAAUAAGUGAAUGAGUGAGUAAAUGAGUGAGUAAAUGAGUGAAUGAAUGAGUGAGUGAGUGAAUGAGUGAGUGAAUAAGUUAAUGAGUGAGUAAAUGAGUGAGUGAAUAAGUUAAUGAGUGAGUAAAUGAGUGAGUAAAUGAGUGAGUAAAUAAGGGAGUGAGUGAAUGAGUGAGUGAAUAAGUUAAUGAGUGAGAAAAUGAGUGAGUAAAUGAGUGAAUAAAUGAGUGAGUAAAUGAGUGAGUAAAUAAGGGAGUGAGUGAAUGAGUGAGUGAAUAAGUUAAUGAGUGAGUAAAUGAGUGAGUAAAUAAGGGAAUGAGUGAGUAAAUGAGUCAGUGAAUGAGUGAGUGAAUAAGUUAAUGAAUGAACUCUGGAGUGUUGAUGAUCACUGUUCAUCAUGAAAUCGUUAAAUUAUUCAUGUGUUCAUAAUGAAGUGCCUUAAAGCAACAGUGCCCCAAAAACACCCCAUUUUACUCUCCAGUACAAACAGCUGAUAAUUCCAGUAACCACCAAGCAUCAGAAAAGCUUCAGGACUCCUCAGAGAUCUUCAGUACUUCUCAGUGCUCCAUAGGGCUUCUCAGUGAUUCUCAGUGGUCUUCAGAGCUUCUCAGUGCUUCUCAGUGCUCCUCAGGGUUCCUCAGUGAUCCUCGGAGCUCCUCUGAACACUUCUGUACUCCUCAGCAUUGAUUCUACAGUCUGUAACGUGUACUGCAGAUGUGGAACACUGGUGCUUUGAUGAUGAUCCUGAAGACACGUCACUCCAGAAUCUGGUGUAGGUUCUGAACUGGGUUGAGAUCAGCGGACUGUAGACCACAGCUUAAAUGAUCCAUCCAGUGAUGCUUAUUGUAGGGGUUCUGUUCUCUUGGUGUACUCUGUAAAGUACUUCCACAGUUAAAUGUCAGUGUUUUCAUUUAUACAAACAGUUUCAUUCAACUUUUAUUCAUGUUUAGCUGUUAUAUAAGAACCAGGUGGUUUUUAUUGUUUUUUUCAUAUUUUUUAUUAAUUUUCUGAAGGUGCUACAUCAACGUUGUAGUUUUUGUUUUUAUACU